CAAGGUCAAGGCCAGAAUGGCUCAUAAGGAGAAGAAAAUCGCUGAAGCUCUUGAUCACAUAAAAGCAGCUGAAAAAUAUUUGAAGACUUCUUUCUUCAAGUGGAAGCCAGAUUACGACAGCGCUGCAAAUGAAUACCUUAAGGCGGGUGUUUGCUACAGGAAUGCCAAGGAACUGGAAAAAGCUAGGGAUAUAUAUGUUAAGGCUGCAGAAGUUCAACUUGAAAUGAAAGCAUUAUUUCAUGCUGCCAAAGCCUAUGAACAAGCAGGGUUGAUUUCCAAGGAUAUGAACCGACUCGAGGAAGCUGCAAACUUAAUGGAAAGAGCUGGAGAUAUAUUCAGGGAAAAUGGUGUUCCAGAUACGGCUUCCUUAACAUUAGAGAAGGCAGCAAAGAUGGUUGAAGCCUCAAAGCCAGACAGGGCUAUAAUGUUAUAUAUGAAGGCAUGUGAUGUGGUGGAGAAUGAAGACAGACCUAAACAGGCAGCAGAAGUCAUUAAAAAAGCAGCCAGUUUAUUAGUGAGGUGUAAAAGGUUUGAAGAGGCCUCCAAAGUGUUACAGAGAGAAAUAGAUCUUAAUUCAGAGGUAGAAAACUAUCCCACCAUAUACAAAGCUGUACUAAAUUUAGUCCUGGUACAUCUACACAAGGAAGAUUACGUGGCUGCUGAUAAAUCAUAUAAAGGUGCUUUCAAUUACCCUGGUUUUGUAGAAAGUGAGGAAGCCUCGGCCCUGGAGCAGCUUUUGGAUGCCUAUGACCAGGGCGAUAACGAUACACUUCGGGCAGUGUGCAAUCUCCCUCUAUUCAAAUACCAGGAUAACCAGUUUGCCAAACUAGCACGGGACUUGGCCAUCCCUGGUGAGCAGAGACGGAAGCCAGAGGCAGUCAGUGGAGCAGAUGCUGGCUCAGGGUCAAGUGCCGCACCCCAGGGUGGAGCCGAGGAGGAGGAUGAGGAUGAGGAUGAAUAUGCAGGAGGAUUGCUCUAACUUUUAAAUUAAUAUAUUAUCAUAUGUAAAGACACAUGGCUGUGGAAAUUGUGGUUUUUGAGAUGUGUAAACUAUGACCCUGUUCCCAUACCUAGAUCAAUCUAGCAGGAUUGACCUAUCGCUGAGGGGUUUCCUGCUAAAUUUCACUCAGCUUGAGCAGCUCUUAUGUCUGGCACACCUACUGAAGCUGUUAUGGGUGCCAGACAUCUUAGCCACUUAAGCUGAA